ACCUUAACCAGAAACUCCAAUCCUUCAUACAUCAUACCGCCUCCAUUCCACCCAUUUCUAUUACAUUAAAACCCUAAAUCUCUCUACUUCAAAAAAACCCCUAAAUUCUCUGUUUACACUACAUCUAUUUUCUAUCUCUUCAUCUUCAAUUUUUGGCGUUGAAGAACAAGUCAAUGGAUUUCACUACUUUGAAGAGACGUGACCUUCAAUCUUUGUGCAAGAAGAACAAUAUUCCUGCUAAUCUCACCAAUGCUGCCAUGGCCGAUGCUCUCGCUUCUCUUUCUACUAAAGCGAACUUGAACAAAUCUCUGAAGAGGUUUCAGAAGAUGAGCAUUGCUGCAAUGGCUGAGUCGCACUUUGUGCGAUUGGACUUUGAAAACUUAGGGAAUGAUGUAGAUUAUUCCGAUAGAUUUGUUACCGAUAGAGAGUUUGAUUCUAUAGAUGAUUUACAUGCUUGGGCUGAUGAGAUAGCACUAACAAUUGGUUUUCAAUUUACACGUGCUUCAUAUAAACAAAGGGAAGGACGUUCUAGAGUGAGUUUAUACUUAAGAUGUCACCAGCUACGGUAAUAUAAGGGGUGAUUUGCAUAACUUAGACAAUGUUACCCGGCCUGGUUUCAAAAGUAGGGCAUGUGGUUGUAAAUUUAUGAUUAUAGGAAAUAGUCGUAAACCACAGGAAAGACCUUAGACGGUUAUAGUGUUUUCUGGUGAAAAAGGAAGACAUAACCAUCCGUUCUUCAUUUACAGAAAUGGUCAAAUAAGAGUAAAUAGGAUGAUUGUCGAUAUUAGGCAGCACAUACGAGAUCUCAGUGCAACUGGCAUGCAACCAACGUUUAUAAUAACUUCAAUUAGAAGAAAUUUUAUGGUUUUUUUGCUAGUAUGAAUCAAAAUUACAAUGUAAGACAAUCAAUAAGGCGAGAAGAGAUGGAAAGUAGAACUCCUUUUCAACACUGUCUAUAUGGCCACGGAGCAAAAUUAUGUAGUCUGGACAGACUUGGAUAGUGAUGGACAGUUGAGUAGAUUAUUGGUUGCGAAUCCAACAUCUAUCCAAAUGAUACGUUUGUCGCCCCAUGUUGUGUUGAUAGACACAACGUACAAAACGAAUAAGCAAAAGUGGCCCCUAUGCGAAAUCAUUGGAAUGACGCCAACGAAUCAUAACUUCUUGGUUGCGUUCCGUUUGAUGCGAGAUGAGGCGUCUGUGUCUUAUUCUAGGGUGUUGGAGAGGUUGAGGGAUAUUUAUGGCAGAGUCCAGACGCCCGACGUAAUCGUAACAGAUUGGGAUAAGGUUUUGUCUGCAGCUAUUAUUGUUGUAUUUUCAGAUGUACGGCAUUAAUUAUGCGUAUGGCAUAUAGGCAAUGACGUGGAGAAUAUGAUCGAUAAAUUGUGCGACGGGAAGAAAAAUCAAUAGGGGCAGAUAUUCAGGCAAACAAAAUGGAACCUCUUAGUUAACAGUGUGACGAUCCCUGAAUUUGAAAACAGAUGGGUAGGGAUUGUGUCUUCUUGGUCGAUUAGGAACAGGAAGGUCGUGUGAUACUUGGCUAGAACAUGGAUUCCUCACAAGGAGAAAUUUGUGCGUGCGUGGAUGAACGAUUGUUUGCACUUGGGUAACCAGACUACCAGUAGAGUUGAAAGCCAACAUUCUUCCUUCAAGUAAUACUUGGGUAGCGGUAAUAGCUCAUUUGAUACGCUAUUUAAAAAGGCACACGCACAAAUAACGAAUCAGCAGUUAAGGAUAAGGCAAGCUCAGAAGGAAUCUAGGAAUUCCAUUUCAAGGACGUCGCGACUUAAUUUUCUCAGACCGUUGUAUCGUCAUGUUUCCAUAUUUGCUUUGGAACAAUUGAUGAUGGAGCACAACCGGAUGUUAAACUUGGGUAGUUGUCUUUUUGAAAAAUGCAGUUGUGUCAUUCAAAAAACCCACGGAUUACCAUGCGCGUGUUACUGUUACUUGUCAAUCAGGUCUAAUGGUGCUUUGUACUUGGACGAUAUACAUCCGUUUUGGAAAACGUUAAAGUACAUACAGCUAGAAGAGGACGCCAACAAAGAAGUACGACACGCAAACGCCGAUGAUAAGAAGUUACUUUCAAUCGUUGGUGGAUGAAGUUUUAAAAGUCGACCCCUCAGUUGUACAACACGUGUCUUAGGUACUUGAAUAAGAACUACACCCUGAUGGAGCAGAUAUAUCUGAGCCACAAGCAAGUCCACCGAGGAAGGAAAGAUCAAUGACAAACAGAACCCUGAGGAGAAACAAAAGUGCGUUUGAGUACAGCAGUUCGUCCUCAAGGGGUCGCGGAUCCAGAUCUUCAUCACGCGAGAGAUCUACUAGUAUAUCUAGCAGUCGGUUGCACCAAUCGUCAGCUGGAAUUAACUUUAGUUUCAACUUAUCAAGUACCCUUAUUUGUUUUCGUAUACUCUUAUAUGUUCUAGUUCAAAUGAAUGAUAUUAAUAUACUGUUAUUAUUUCAGAUGGUUCAGCAGGACGUGAUUUUUCACUUUUUCUUUGGCCAGAUAACAUUUCGUUUAUUCUUCCGCCAUAUCUGUUUGACUGGAUUGAUGUCAUCAGUGACGGUAAAUGUGGUUUUAGAGCCAUUGCCGCCAUAGAGUUAGGGGCGUGGAAGCAUGGCCUCUUUUACGACGUGCAAUGAGUUUGGAAAUGGAAACGCAUAGAGAGCAAUAUGCACGCGUGUAUCUAUCAGAUGAUUUAGUUGAGGAAGCUAUAUACAGAAUUGGUGCCCACAACAAAGGACCUGCUCCGUAAAGAUACUGGAUGGAAAUGACAACAUUAUAUUCCGCCGCAACCUUUCUGAACAUAGCAAUUGCGUAUUAUGGCUCUGCUGAUGGUCAUUCAAUGUAUAACUGUUUAGUGCUUCCGUUAAAGAGAACAGGGGGAACGCGUGGCAUAAACAAACUUAUACAUAUUCUUCGGGUUAAUAGGAAUCAUUAUGUUCAGCUUUUAAUGAACGAUGAUUCAUCUCCACCGCCACCAGUCCAGCAAAAUUGGAGAGCAACAGUUAACAAUUCAUAUAAAGAAUUAGAGAUACAGUAUCACAACAGGAUAUUACUUUGGAAUAGACUGUGCGGCAUACAACGACAACAAAAUAACACCGCCGAAGACGCGGUCAAUUUAGAUACUCCUUAGUGUUUAUUAUACUGAUUCUACUUGUUAUCAUUUUAUUAAGGGAUAUUAUCAAUGGUACCUCUGUAUUAUAGCAAAAUAUCAAUGGUACCAACGUUAUUCCAAUGGUACCCCCCAACUAUA